AUGGCAACAGACCCCAUCGCCCAACACAAGUCCGAUGUCCGGGCCCGGAUUUGGACCGAUUUACGCCAAGUCGCCGUUCCGGACUCGCGCUUCCACUACGACUUUGGCGAGUACAUAACCGACUUUUCCGGCUCGGCCGCGGCCACGGCCCGGCUCGAGGCCCUGCCUUGCUACAACACGGAGGCAGGGGCGGCUACCAGUGGUGGCAGUAGUACCAUCUUCAUCACGCCCGACAACUGCCUCGAGGACCUCCGCCGCCACGCCCUGCUGGCCGGCCGCCCCAUCCUCGUGACCACAUACGGCAUUCGCCGCGGCUUCUGGCUUCUCGACCCGGCCGCCAUAUUGGCUGCGGGCUGGCGCGAGAAGCUCGGGGGCGGCGACGGCUGGGCGUGGUACGCCGCGACGCUGGACGGCAUGGAACGUGUCGGGCGGGCCGUCUCGCUGGCAGACUUGGUGGCCGAGGGGAUCAAGGUUCCCAUCAUGGUUACGGGUACCGGCGCCAUCAAUACGCGCGGUAUUCGAUUCGGCAAGGGUCAUGGCUUCUUUGAUCUAGAGUGGGGGAUGCUCUUUUCCAUUGGCGCCAUUACAACUAAGACGGUGGCUAUCAGUGUCGUGCAUGACUGCCAGUUGUUGUUGGAGGAUCUUAUGCCAGAUGUUUUUGACACCGUCUGCGACUACGUAAUUACUCCCACCAGGGUUGUCGAGGUUCGCGGAGCUCAGAAGCCCACAUGUGGAAUUUUGUACGACAGGCUACAACCUGGAAUGCUGGAAGAUAUACCGCCAUUGGCUGAGCUCAAGGAGAUUCUCCAAAAAAAGAUGCAAAAGUAG